AUGAUCAUCAGAUACAUUGCAAAUUCAACAAGUUCUUCCUUAUACUGGUUACCCAUCUAUUUCUACGAUGAGCCUUUUAAUCAGCAAGUGAUAAUCUCAAUUGUUGAAAUAGCUCUCUACAUUUUGUGCAGCCAAGCUGUCAAUGCAUACGUACAUGUUACGCUGAAAAUUCGCCUUUUUCACAGAAACCUUUACAUUUUGUCAAUCCCGGUUUUCUUUCUCUGGUAUGUACUAAUCGCCGGUAAACUUAUCAUAAUUGCCUAUCGGCUGGACUUUCUAAAAAUUGAUAUUCCGAUUGGAGAGCACACGGACAUCUGGACAGAUGAUAUUGGAAAAAUGCUCAAUGUCAAUAAUUUGAAUGGACUUGAGCUUAUUCUGCUUUCAGGAUUUCUUCAAUGGUAUUACAUGUAUUCCUUUAUUUUUGUGGUGUUGGCAAUGGUGGUGGAACGGACAAUUGCUUCGGUUUUGAUAGAUAACUAUGAGUCUAACACUCGACUGUUAAUUCCCGCAAUUCUAGUCGUCACAAGUCAAUUCCUAUCGGUGUCUGUAUCUUUUGCGCUACUCUUCCACAAAAUUCACCCUUGCGACGCUCAACUUCCAUGGAUUAUUAGUUGUGUCCUGUCUUUGAUGGCGUGUGUCUUCCUAAAACUGUUGAACGAAUCCUUCCAGCGGGAAAUCAAGAACCCGGUUAGAAAACGACAUUUCACAAUUUCCCAGCAAUUUCAAGUUAAGGAGAAUUUAAGGGCAAUUCGACUUGGCUACCGUCUUGUGAUAACUGUGCUCAGUUGCAUUGCUCUCUAUGGCAUUGGAAUCGCUGCUCUCAACUAUGAAAUCAUUCCCCCAAUUUUUUGUCAUUUUGUUGAAAAUCUACUAUUUUUAAAUCCGCUACCUAUCGGACUGACUGCAAUAUUAUUCGUUCCGCAGUGGAGGAAACAAUUUGUAAAGUCAUAUUUGAGCUUCAACUGCCUGAAAUUUAACCAACAAAUUCUGCCUAUGGAAACUGUAGAAUGCCAGAGGAAGAAAUUGGAUAUAGAAACAGAUUUAUAUUUCAAGCAACUCACCAGAUCUUGGACUUGA